AUGGCGUCGUUAACGGUUGAACAGACCGGUGAAUCAACAGCCGGAGAGUCACAAAGAUCUCUACCGACGCCUUUUUUGACGAAAACCUAUCAACUUGUGGACGAUCCAUCCAUGGACGACUUGAUUUCGUGGAACGAAGACGGAACGACCUUCAUCGUUUGGCGAUCAGCUGAGUUCGCCAGAGAUUUGCUUCCCAAAUACUUCAAACACAACAACUUCUCCAGCUUCGUUCGCCAACUCAACACUUACGGAUUUAGAAAAGUUGUACCUGAUCGGUGGGAAUUCGCGAACGACUGCUUUCGAAGAGGCCAGAAAAGACUUCUGAGAGACAUUCAACGCCGAAAAAUAUCUGCGGUUGCGGCACCGGCUGCGGCAGCAAUGGCACAAGCAGUGACUAUGGCUGUUGCACCGCGGUUGAGAUCGCUGUCGCCAACAAAUUCAGGCGAUGAGCAAGUUUUGUCGUCGAACUCGUCGCCGGCUGCUACGGCGACAGCCUUGGCCCUCGGUAGUACGUCGUGUAUCACCACGCCGGAGCUUUUAGAAGAGAAUGAAAGAUUAAGAAAAGAGAACGCGCAAUUGAGUCAAGAAUUGAAUCGAUUGCGUAUCUUGUGCUGCAAUGUGUACAAUAUGAUAUCGAAUUACACUGUGAAUCAAUCGGAAACUAGUACAUUACCGGAAGAUAGGGAUUUGGGUUUGUUGCCGGCGAGGCUGGUGGAGGUAGACGGCGGAGCCUCCAUGAAUAGUGGUGGCGUGGAGGCGGAGAUGGAGAUGGAGACGAACCCAAGAUUGUUUGGGGUAUCCAUUGGUGCGAAGCGCGUGAGGAGGAGUGAAAGGGAUGGUGGUAGGCAAAGACAGGAUCAAGUACAGUCGGAUGGUUGGGAUUUGAAAUCUGAGCCGUUAAGACAAAUAGAUUAUGAUCGAAAGAUACAUAAAAGAUAA